AUGUGCUCCCAAGCUGGACACAACGACAGAGUCAGCGUGCAACUGACAAUGACAAGCGUUGAUAUGUUUGAGGAUCUGGGAUCAAGAAAAAUCAAUGCAACCGACCCAAGACUAUUGGAAUACCUUCGCGAUAAAUGGAUUUUUGCACCUUCCAGACGUCCAUACAACUUGGACAAUCCAGAAAAAGAACACAUGUCUCAGAUAGGGCAAUCCCAGGUGGUUGAUAAACUGUUGAAGCAGAGAAAGAAUGGUUUUUUUGUUGAGGCUGGAGCAUCCGAUGGCGAGAAAUUCUCGAACUCGCUAUUUUUCGAGAGAUUCCGAAACUGGAGCGGAGUCCUCGUAGAAGCGAACCCUUUAAGUUUUCAUACAUUGUCCAAGAAACACAGGAAAGCGUUUACCAUAAACUCGUGCCUGUCACUGAGCCCGCACCCAGAUCGUGUAGAAUUUACAAUGGCCAGUAGCCUAGGCGGUAUUACCCAAGAGGCCUACAACAUUCCAUCAAGUGAGGUAAGUCUCAUUAGUGGCAGAAGCUUGGUGCAGUGUUUCUCAAUACACUCCAUUCUGGGCGCGCUUUGUGUCAACCACGUGGACUACUUUUCUUUGGACGUCGAGGGGGCUGAGGUGGAGAUUCUCCGGACGUUCCCCUGGAAAGACAUCACGGUGGACAUAUGGUCAAUUGAAUACGCGGUUCAUGGAGGGGGGAAAGACACUCCUAAGCGUCUACUAGCUAUCAGGGAUAUUUUCCAGAAGACCGGUGCGUACGAAGAGAUAGGUUUGGAAAAAAGGCAGGAUGUGCUAUUUGCUCGAAAAGAGAUACUGUAA